AUGGAGAAGAGGCUUAUACAGUGGCUGGCAACUGGCGAGAUAGACAACAUGCAGGAGUACGUUGAGGAGCUGAAGAGCGAGAAUAUUCCUGGGCAUGCGAGAAUCGCCGUGUGGGGGCUCGCAUUCACGAAGUCCUGGCACAGGCGGACGGAAAGGCCGCAAUUCGCCCUUUUCAACACGCUUAUAUCGUGCACGAAGAAGCUCCCGUGCCCAGACUGCCACCGGAGAGACGAGAGAAAGCGGGCAGAGGAGGCGCAGAGAGAGACCUCCCAAAGCACGAAGGGAAUAGUCAGAAGCCUCGAGAGUGCCAUCUCCGGAGAGAAAGAAGAAGAAAAAGAGAAAGAGAAAGAUGAGAAAGAGAAAGAUGAGAAAGAUGAAGAAGAAAAAGAAGAAGAAAAAGAGAAAGAAGAUGAUGAUGAUGAGAGUGAAGAGUUUGAAGAGUCUGAAAUCGAGUCAAUUCUCAGCCACUUGGACUGUGACUUUGCAAGGGAAGCCAACAAGCACAUUCGCACGAAGGAGAGGCACUAUAUGAUGCAGGUCGUUAUGAAGGCGCUGAAGAAUUCGUACGAGUAUAAUAUGCUAAUCUCCUGCGAGAGAGUGAAUAAGAAGAAUAUGGAUAAAAUAUUCGGGAUAUGCAUAGGGGCUUUCACGUACUUUUCCUCGUACCGCGUGGAGAAGAUAUUUAAAGUGGCUUUCUUCCUGGCUUCUAAUAUAAACGGGAUAUUCUGCAGUAAAAGAGGCCUGGAUAUGACGAAGAAGGAGUUUGACCGUUUUCUUCUCUUUGUACAGAAUACGGCUGCACUUAGCAAGAAUAAGUUUAUGAUCCUGAUGGACGUUAUUUCGUGCCUGAAUCAGGAAAUUCUUGCAGAAUUUGUAUACGGGAUCGUGAAGGGGAGUAUUUCCGUCUCUGGGAUGCAGAAAGACCUUCUGGAUAAGUACGGAAAGGAAAGUGCAGGGGAAAUAGAGGCGUACAAAAAGGCGCAUCCCUUCUGCCUUCUGAGCAAGUUCACUCCCCGGAUAGUCUUCAUCCACCAGCAGGCAGAGAAGUCCCUGAACGAGCUGAAAAAAGAAAACUCGUACCUGAAGGAAAAUAUUGAGACGCUUUUGUGCGACCUAAAAUAUGCGAACUCUUCAGAGCUCAUCGGGCAGCUCAAGAGAGACAUCGCAGAGAAGGACGAGCAGAUCCGGAGGAUGGAGGCACGCAAAUGA